GCAGCGUCCUAAUCUGGAUCGCGGGCGGCGCCAACGUUCCAUCCUCCUGCGGCGGUCUAUAGCGUCCGGGACAAAGCCGGGGCUGCAGCCAUGGCGGUCAAAGUCCGUGUGGUUUACUGCGGUGCCUGAGGUUACAAGCCCAAGUAUCUAUUGCUGAAGAAGAAGCUGGAAGAGGAAUUUCCAGGCCUCCUGAACAUCAAUGGCGAGGGGACCCAGGAGGUCACCGGCUUCUUUGAAGUAAUGGUUGCUGGAAAGCUUGUGCAUUCCAAGAAGGCUGGGCAUGGCUUCGUGGACUCCUCAGACAAAUACCAGCGUAUUGUGGCAGAGAUCAAGGCCGCCCUGGGCAAGUGAGGCCUGAAGGCAGAGCUCAGGGGCCUUGUUCCCAUCCCUGCCCACGGUGCUUUAUGACGGGAAGGAUUGAAAUGUCCUCUGGAUUCCUGGUUCUUCCCUGAAAUCCUUGCAUCUGUUGGGCUGGGGCUGGGGCUGGGGCUGGGACGGAUGCCCCUGGAUCCUGCGCUGCGUGUAUGUGUGUCGCUAGCCCUUUGUCCAAGGUCUCGCUGUCCUAUGGGUCUGUUCGACUCCUCUCAGAUUCCUGCUUCUUCCUGCCCCGACUUAACCCCAGUGCUGUCUCCCCCAUUGAGGCAUCCUUUCCUCAGCCCCUCCCAGGUCCAUUGGGCCUUCCCUCUUCCCUGCUGGAGUGCUGGCCCUCCUGUCCAAGCCCCUUGGUUCUCAGACAUCUCUUCUGUAAAAUGAGAGGGUGACAGGGCUCAGAGUGGCCUUGUACAUUGGAGGGGGGGCUUUUCCACCUUGACUGGGGAUGGAGGGAGGGUCCCACCUGGCCUGGCGGGGCCCAGGAAGGCCUUAGGAAACAGUAUUCACCACAAGGGCUAAUUAAUAAAUAGAAGAAAUUAAAUGUU